GUAAAUACGGAUCAAAACAAACGAUGGCGGCCGAUAUCAGAAGCUGUAAUAAUCAAGUCAUGGAGGUAUACAAACUGUGGAUGAGGCAGUAAUUUUAGCCGCAGCGGUAUGCGUAACUAUCUUUCUACACCACUGACGUUUUGUACGUUUUUGGAUUUUAAACAGCCGUCUAGAUAGAUAGCCUUGGCUAGCACUGAUGCUGUACUGCUGUGUUGAGUCCAGCUGUGCUAAUUAACCAGAUAUCUAACCAAUUCAUCAACUGGUGUAACACAACAUUUAGAUAAUCAAAAUCUAUUACGUAAGAGGUUGUCAUUGAAAUUGGUUGAGACAAGUAGCUGAGGGUGGAAUGGCCUGUUUGUGUGCAAACUUGCCACCUAACUCUCUUUAACAAACACUGGACGUGCUGUUAGCUAAAGAACUGGCCGAAAUGAGUUGGUUCAACGCAUCUCACUUGUCCAGUUUUGCAAAACAAGCUUUGACAACAGCUCAGAAGUCAAUCGACAGAGUUCUAGACAUCAAAGAAGAGGACCAAUGGAACGACACUGUCGUAAGGCCCUAUGAUGAUUUACCUGUGAAGACACCAUUAAGUGGAGGAUGGGGAAUGACACAAUGGAAUUCGCCCUCAGAAGAGAAAAGCAAGACCCCUCCCCCUUCAUCUGAAGCCAUAACUACUCCGGUCUCCCGCACUGUGGUCGAUGAAUCAGAGAAUUUCUUUAGUGCCUUUCUCCCCCCUGGAGAUGUAAAGGAUGUCAAAAAUGCCCAGGUGGUGUCUGUACCUCCUACUAAGUCCCACAGACGGCCACAGGAGAAGGAAAAAAAUAUCAAUGAGGCUGUGAUCCGAAAUGAUGUGGAGUCUCUUAAGUUAGGACCAAAUGAUAUGAGUCAGGAAAAGCAAGAAGUAGAUGAGAGUUUGCCAGUUGAGUCAGAGUCCUCUCCAGCAGUACCACAUACAGACACCAUCCUCCUCCAGCCGGUUUCUCCUGUUUCAUCUCACAGUGAUCAUCCUUGUGACUCUGACAGCAAAACGACCAAGUGGAGCAGGGCCGACACUGAUGUUGCCACUAAAGUUUCUGUGGAGUUGGAAAAAGAAGAGUCACCCAUUCCCUCAGAAGACCAAACCAAGCAGGAUGUCACCGACUCCAAUGAGUCCUCUGCUGUCACCUCAGAACCUAAGAGUUCCACCCCUUCUGACCCCUCAUCACCUCCGCCACCUAAGGUAAUACACUUGGAGGCUAAAGAUUCAAAGAUAGAGGACCGUCAGAAUGACACCCCUUCUCCUCCAGUCAGCGCUUUUUCUUCAGGCACUUCCACCACCAGUGAUAUUGAAGUGCUGGACCAUGAGAGUGUGCAGAGUGAGAGCUCAGCAAGCUCCAGGCAAGAGACAGGGGAGGGAAAGGCCAGCCUCCACCUGAUGCAAGGCUCCUUCCAGCUUCUCUCAGCCUCUACCUGUGGAGAUUUCCCCCGGCUAGAGGACUACCCUAAGCUCACAGAGAGCUGUGGCUCAUCCUCAGAUGCUUUUGAGCGCAUUGAUUCAUUCAGCAUGCAGUCACUAGAUAGUCAAAGUGUUAGUGAAGUCAACUCAGAUGAUGAGAUCCCUGGGAGUCGGACUCUAGCGUCUGUUACUGUUGGCCCGGCUCCCAUAACUGUGGUAUCAUCAGUUGUCUGUCAGAAUCAUGAAGAGGGAGUCGUAGGAAAGGGCGAGAAGGAGGAAGGGGAAGAAGGUCUAGCUGAAACCCUGAGGGAACAGUCAUUAGAUGAGAUGGAGGAAAGUGGACGUAGUGCCACACCUGUUAAUAGUGAGCAGCCUGAAGACUUGACGGAACAGGAACAGGAAUUAGAGUCUAACGUUGACACGGCUGGACCAACCCCUGAGGCUGAGGAACAUAUCACCCCACCAAUCACAUCAGAGAUGAAAAGUGUUUCAACAUGCCAGAUUCUGGAGCUUCAAAAGGUGAUUGAUGAGCUUUCAAGCCGCCUUGAGAAGAGGGAGUCUCAGCUGCUGGUGGUCAGCAAGGAUAAGGCCAGGCUGGAGGAGGAGUGUGACAACCUCAAAGAUGAAAUGAUGAGCCUGAGAGAAGAGAGCUCCACUGUUCAGUCUCUGAAAGAUGAGUUCACUCAGCGUAUAGCAGAUACAGAGAGGAAGGCUCAGCUGGCCUGCAAGGAGAGGGACAUAGCCAAGAAGGAGAUCAAGGGUCUGCGAGAGGAGCUGUCCACCAGAUUGAACUCCAGUGAUACAAUGGAAAUCAUCAAAGAGAAAGAGGAGCAGAUCAGAGGCCUGCUUGAAGAAGGUGAGAAGCUGUCCAAGCAGCAGCUGCAGCACUGCAACAUCAUCAAGAAGCUGCGUGUGAAGGAGAAGGAGAGUGACACCAAGCUCAUCAAGCAGACCAAGAAGCUCAAGGACCAGGAAGAGGAGCUUAAGCACCUGCAGCAGGUCCUGGAUGGGAAGGAAGAGAUGGAGAAGCAGCACAGGGAGAACAUCAAGAAGCUGAAUACCAUGGUCGAGCGCCAGGAGAAGGAACUGAAAGGACUGCAGACUGACUGUGAGGAGCUGCAGGAGAAGAACAGAAGCUUACAGGCUGCUCUUGACAACUCUUACAAGGAGCUGGCAGAGCUCCAUAAGGCCAAUGCCAGCAAGGCCAGUGAAGCCCAGGAGGCAGCACUAAGUAGGGAGACCCAGGCCAAGGAGCAGCUGAGCGUGGCCUUGGAGAAAGCCCAAGAGGAGGCCCGUAUGCAGCAAGAGGCCCUGGCCAACCAGGUGGCUGAUCUAAGAGUGGCCCUGCAGAGGGCUGAGCAGCAGCAGGCCAGGAAAGAAGAUUAUCUGAGGGAGGAGAUCAGUGAGCUGCAGCAGAGGCUACAGGAGGCAGAAACCAGGAACCAGGAGCUGAGUCAGAGUGUUACCUCUGCAACGCGGCCCCUACUGAGACAGAUUGAGAACCUACAGGCCUCACUGGGGGGGCAGACAGUGUCCUGGGAAAAACUAGAGAAGAAUAUCUCUGAUCGGCUAGCUGAUGCCCAAGCACUGUUGGCCAUUGCUGUAGAAAAGGAGCGCUCUGCUACAGAAGAACUACGAGCUAUCAAGUCCCAGCUGGCCUCCCUGGAGUCCCAGAAUUCUCUUCUUCGUCAGGAGAAGGGUCGUCUCCUGGGUCAGCUGGAUGCUGAGAAGAAAAAGAGAGAGAAACUGGAGGAUGAGAGCAGCAGGGAACAUGUUGAGUUGGAGAAUCUGCGAGGAGAACAUAGUCGAGUGCUGGAAGACGCUAAGAAAGAGAAGUUGCUGCUGACCAAUCAGCUCGAGAUGGAGAGGAUGAAGGUAGAGCAAGAGAAGAAGAAAUGCUACCUAGCACAAGAAGCCCUCAAGGAAAAAGAGAGGAAGGCUAUGGUCCACUCUGUGGGGGAGCCCCCUGCCUCCUCCAGCCCCUCCCUGUCCCGCUCCAGCUCAGUCAGUGGGGCUGAGAACGCUGGUCUGCACACCUCUAUGCUUUCUCAGGAUGACUUGCUGGACCACUCGCUGGGCACCAUGCCAAUGUCUCUGAGUGGAACCAACCUGUAUGAGGCUGCUAGGCUAUCAGGAGGCUCCAGCAUCUUGGAGAACCUCCAGUCCCAGCUCAAGCUGAGGGAAGGAGAGAUAGUGCAACUACAGUUGGAGAUCUCUAGCCUGGAAAGGAGUCGGUCUGUCAUGGCGGAGGAACUGGUCCGGCUCACCAAUCAAAAUGAUGAGAUGGAGGACAAAGUGAAGGAGAUCCCCAAGCUGAAAAUUCAGCUCAAGGAGCUUGAGCAGAGGCACAACACCAUCCUGCAGAUGUAUGGAGAGAAGGCAGAGGAGGCAGAGGAGCUGAGACUGGACCUUGAAGAUGUCAAAAACAUGUACAAAACCCAGAUUGAUGAGCUACUUAAGAACCAGAAAUAGACUGGCCUCAUGGCUCUGCCUUGCAUCUGGGACACUAAACCGGAAAAUAAAGCAAACAAUAAACUUAUGUGUUCAGCAUAGAUGUAUUCACUGUGAAAGAUGGGGAAGAGGACUUGUUCUUUUCAUACGCUUCACCGCUGAACCAAAAGGAAAUUGGGCUUUGAUAAGCUGUUUGAUUUAACUUUGUUUAUUGUUUAAUUUAAAAAAAUAUGUUAUAGCUAUUUAAAGUAGGGUAAUAUAGCAUUACAUGGAUAUCACAGAGUACAGAACCAUCUCAAAUUAUUAUUCACAGGACAAUCACCGAUUCAGACGUAACUGCCAGUUCUGGGUCCUUUUCACACACUUAUAAUUUCUCAAGAGCAAACUAUCAUCAGAAUAUUUUAUUGACUGCCCAUAAUUCCAGGAAAUGUUAGAGGAUGUUUGCACUCCAAGAUUUGUUCAUGUAACUCUUUAGAACAUUAACAUGCGAUCACAGUUGUUGAAAAGAUGUUAAGAGAUGAUUGUACAGUGUCCUUUUGUUUGUUGACAUCUGACAAAUUACUUAAUCUAUGCUUAAAAAUCCCGAGGAUUGGAUUUUAAGAGAUAUAAAUAUGUAAAUUAAUAAACAUUUAUUUGGGU